AUGGCAGGUCCUAUCUUCGACGUGCCCCGGGGCACCCAAAGUGUCCAGGUCCGCAUUAUAGAUACCACGGUGAGAAUGAACAGGUUCCCGUUGAAAUUCCUCAUGGAGCCCCCAAUGGAAGGAAUGACAUAUAUGCCUGAGAUUCCAGCAUGGUCUUUCCUAAUUGAGCACCACUCAGGUCAAAAGCUCCUCUUUGAUCUCGGGUUGCCACGGGACUUGCUCGCAUUUUCGCCAUUUGUGCAGCAGAUACUUGAGCAAGUAAAGGCAGAAAUCUCAGUCGAAGAAGAGGUCAUCGAUAUUCUGGAGAAAAAUGGAAUUGCAGCAGAUCAAAUCUCGGGUAUAAUUUGGAGCCAUUGGCAUUGGGAUCAUAUUGGCGAUCCCUCACGCUUCCCGUCCUCAACUGAGUUAAUCGUCGGUCCUGGUUUCAAGAAUGAGUUUGGUCCGGGCUACCCGUCAAUCCCUGAUUCCCCAGUGCGCGAGAGUGAUUUUGCUGGUAGGAACUUGCGCGAGAUCGACUUUACAAACGCACGGAAGACGGGCCAGUUCCGCGCCUUUGACUUUUUCGGCGAUGGCUCUUUCUAUUUGAUGGACACACCAGGUCAUGCCGUGGGCCAUUUGAGUGCGCUGGCACGCACGACUACCAACCCGGAUACUUUUAUCUUCAUGGGAGGUGAUUUGUGCCACCAUGGUGGUGAAAUUAGACCCUCAAAACAUAUGCAUCUUCCUUCUGAUAUUCCCGCUGCAAUUCCAGCUGCUAUCCUACCUUGCCCUGGGGUCCAAGCCUAUGAGCAGCUGUUGGUCCGUCGGAGCGGCUCUGUUGAUAAACCGUUCUUUUCUCCAAGUCCUAUGGUUGGCUCCAUUACUGAGGAAACUAUUCGGACGAUUGAGAAAGCACAAGAGGCGGACGCAGAGAGUAAUAUCUGGUUUAUUCAUGCACAUGAUGCGAGCUUGCUUGGACGUGUCGAUGUAUUCCCACUGCCGGCAAAUUCUUGGAAGGAGAAGGAUUGGCGCAGGGAAACUCUCUGGGCUUUUCUUCGAGACUUUGACGUGGCCAUUGAAGCAGAAAGAUAG